AUGUUGUCAUUCCUGGCGAAGAGAGUGCCACGAACUACAACCUGCAGGCUUAACCCACUGUUCUUUGAUGAUGGCCGCUCCUGUCUUGAAUUUAAGGCCCCAAAUGACCAGUAUCUCGUCCUGAACCGCUGGCCACCCGGUUCCAAUGAGAUCAACAAAAAUAUAGCGCUGCGACCACCAAUUCAUUGGCAUCGAAAUCAAACCGAAAGGUUUCAUGUGAUUAGUGGGUCCGCCAAGUUCACUUACGAGGGGCAAGAGAUAAUCAAAACAAGCGGUCAAUCCAUGCUGAUCCCGAUGAAAACAUUCCAUACAUUUUGCAAUGCAAGCGCAACAGAUGAAUUAGUGAUUGAAUUCGUCCUGGAGCCAAAAUUUAAAGAUCGAGACGAGGCUUUUUUUCGAAACGUGCAAUCAUAUCGUGAUGAUUGUCGUAAAGCAGGCGUCCCUCGAAGCCUGCCACAACUCCUGUUAUUCAAUUGGGCUGGAGGCGUUGUACUUGCUCUACCUGGCCCCCGUGCUAUCGCUCAAGUCUUAGGUGUGUGUUUGAAUCUUUUUGGAGGUGUUGUUUUCGGCAAGUAUAUUCUUGGAUACAAACAAUCAUAUCCAGAAUACUACGAGCCGAAAACCUAG